AUGAAUAAAGAAAGAUAAAUAAAUAGUAAACAUUCUACAGCAGAUGUUUAACACUUAUUUUUUCCUAAUGAAGAUAAUUUCUCAAGAUUUUGUAGGAAAUUAAAGAAAUGUAAGUCAACAUUUUUAGGCUGCAUUUAUUUAUUGACUCAUUAAUCAAUUAUUGACAUAAUAAUUUAAUUAGCUACUUAAGGAUGUAGAGUUGAUAUAAUUAUGGAUUAAAAUUCAGAAGAAUUUGAGGAAAGAAAAUAAAUAACCAUUAAUAAAUUAUUAGUAAUGAGUGGAUUUAAAGUAAAUGUUUCUUUGAUUGAAUCUAAAGGUUUAAUGCAUACCAAAUAUUGUGUUAUUGAUAAUAAACUUACAAUAUUAGGUAGUGCUAAUUGGACUUAUUAAGCAUUCUCAAAUAAUUUUGAGCAUAUAACAAUAAUUAAAGAUUCUAAAACAGCAAAAUAAUUUACAGAACAAUUUAAAAAUAUAUGGGAUUAAGCAAAAUAAGCUAAAUUCAUAGAGUCUUAGAUUAUAUAUUAACCAAAUCAAAAUUGUAUUGAAUUUAAAUAAAAAAACAGAAUUUCACCAAGAUUAAGAAUAUCAAAAAGAAAAUUUUAAAUGAAUUUUCGAAAAUAUAAAUCAAAAAAAUAACUAAAAUAAAAAAAUAAAUAAAAUAUAAAAGAGAAGGAGAAAGAGAAAGAUAUACCUAAAUUUUAAAUGAUAUAAAUAGAAUAAAAUUAAAUAUAAAUAUAAUAAAUUGAAGAAUAAAAAACAAAGUAAGUUAUCAAUUAAAAAGAAUUAAAAGAUUUUCUUGAGAAUCUAAAAUUAAAUGAAGAAAAAAAAUAAUAUAAUAUAAAUUAAAAUACUAUUAAUAAUGAUGCAAUAAAAGAUACUAAAUAUAGUUUAAUACAAUAGGAAUCUAAUCCUUGGUAAAUUUAAUAAUAAUUAUUUGAUCCAAAUAUAAUUAACAAUCAAGUAAAACGUAACGAAACUUAGAAUAAAGAUUAAAAUAUUAUUAUAAUAGAUGAAGAUGAUGAUGAAGAUGUACAAAUAAUAACAGAUAUCUCUAAGUAUUUCCAUUGA